AUAUCAAAGAAGCCUGUGUUCUGGAUGUAAAUCUUUAUACAUGCGCCUUCCCCUUAUUCGCCCUUUAUAGCCCUCCUAAACACUCCCUCCAUCCAUCCUCACUCUCAUGUGCCUCUGCUAAAAUAACCCGGUGAGGUAAGCCCCCCAGGCAUCCCGGGACGGCUUUUAUGCCGGCUGCUCCCUCUGCGCUGAGGAGAGUCCGAGCGGAGCGUGGAGGCAUCCCAGCGUCAGGACGGGAUAAAGCCCACGGCCACCCAGACCAGCUUCAGCACCCGACGGGUGGGCCGGAGACACGGAGGAAGAUGAUGAUGACGAUGCAGCCAGGCUUGGAUGACAUGACCAAGCAGAGGAUCUUGCAGGCUAAGGCUCUGUGCAAGGAGGUCAGGGGAGGGGGUCAGAGCCUCGGGAAGAAGAUCAGCGUCCCGAAGGACGUGAUGAUGGAGGAGCUCAACCUUCCAUCUAAUCGAGGCUCUCGCAUGUUUCAGGAGAGACAGAAGAGGGUGGAGAGGUUCACGCUGGAGAAUAUGGCCAACGACGCCUACAACACCAACACUCUACUGGAAGUAGACAUACACAGAUGUGUGUUGACUCCCCAGAUCCAUCCAGAGGCCAAUCCUCCCCCCCCGCAGGACGGGAAAGAGAACCAAGCUUUCUCCGUCCCUGGUAAGCACAGCCUGGUCAUGAACCUUCAGAAGACUGUAGCAAAGAAGGGCAGCCCAGAUGUCCUCGCUCCAGGAUAUUGUGGUCCCCUGAAGAACGUCCCUCACGAGAAGUUCAACACAACAGUCACCCCUAAAUCCUACAGCUCCCCGUGGAGCGAAGCUCUGGGAGACAACGCAGAGCUCCUGGACGCCAUGAAUACCCAGCUGCCCCGGCUCCCAGAGAGACAGCAACCGUCCAACUACAGGUGCUUCAACAGGUCCGCCCUGCCGUUCAGCGCAGCCACGGCCAGCCAGAGGGAGACCCCAGUCGCUUUUGAGGCAGUGGAAUCCCAAAAGUUGCCCCACGUGGUUCUGGACGGCAUGUGCCGACGGCCCAACUUCAACAGGGCACCGAGGGGAUGGGGUGUUCGUUACAACCCAGAAUCUAAACAACUAUGAAAGGGGGGCGAUCAGCUAAAGACUGAAGCACUGGCCGACGCUCGCUGCUCUCCUGCAUGUUUAAAGUGGUUUGCUACGGCUUACAGGUUAGAACAGAUGAGGGGAACUCAAUCCCGUCACUACCAACACAACACUGUGGGGUUAAACCGCUUUGUUUCCAUUUGUUAUCCUUAGCGGAGUCUGAUCCGGUCAAUACCCGACACCCUUCUUUUCCAACUCCCACUCUCCAUCUGAUGAGCCUUACAAUUUUUAUAUAUAAUUUCCCCUAUAUUUCUCCCAAUAUGUGUGUGAGGGCAAUACCAGAUAAACCUGAAAACCCUGAAACAAGCAAAACCAAAUUAAUAAAAAAGGUACUCUGCAGACAUCAAUGACAAAAUUGAGUCAUUUUAAUGACACACGAAAAGAACAUUGAAAGAAAUUAAACUAUGUAAUUAUGCUAUAAGAUUGUGUCAAAUAAAAAAGUAACUGAAAGUUUUUAAAAAAAUGCUCAGGAUUCUUACCCAUUUUGCACAAUAUGACAAAUACAAGUUUAACUGACAGUAUGCACUUCUAUCUGUACAACGCUCAAGCCACAGGAGUUCUGUAAAACAACAUGGCUCCCAUCACAUCGGCUGGUACACAUGUCUGCCGAUGCCACCCUGGAAUAUUUUAACUAAGACUGGUCAUAAAGUCGUCUUGUGAUAUCCUAGUUGUCGCCUCUCGACACAGAUGGUGCUGGUUCAUUUCGUUUGCGGCAUAAUAAAUCACUGUUAUCCAGAAA